AUGGAUAUAUAUCAUAGUCAUGUUGAAGAAAAUAAGAUUUCUAAAAAGUCAACUCCAAAAUUGAAUGGAUUAACCAGGGAUCAAUCUGCACAAUUGCAUGGCUCAUUUAAAAAAUCCAAGACAGAGUUGCUACUUACAGAAACAUUGUUACCUAACAAUAACGCUACUUAUGGACCAGUAAUUGAUCGUUAUUUACCUGUACAGCAAACAGACCCAGACAUGAAAUUUUAUCAUCACCAUGAUAAUCUUUUGACCAAGAGUGCAGUCAGUAAUGAAUAUAACAUUGAUAUUGAUCCAGCAAGUAGUCUUAUAGCAAGGAUAGCAUCGAAUAUCCCGUUACCAAUCACAGAUCAUGUUCAAGUUAGUCCAGAAAGAAUGGUUGACCCAAGGGUCCAUACAAGCAUUUCGGGGAAUAGCUCUGGAGGAAGAAACGUUAGAAACAAACUAUCUUUGCAGGUAAAUAAUCAAACAAGUAUUGCUAGUGCUCUAGGAUUUACCAGUCAGAGGAUAUAUCAUUUUAAGCCGUCAAAGAGUCCUAAAAAACUGAAAUGUUUGUACAACUUGUUUGAAAUUUUUUCCUUGAGUGGUGUUUCUAGGAAUGAGAGCAACGCAUCUACUGUUUUCGAAACUGUCUCUGAAAUUGCCUUUAAAGUACUAGAUGCACCGGGACUACGAAAUGAUUAUUACUCUAAUUUAGUAUGCUGGGCAAAUAAAACAGAUAUGAUUGCUGUUGGGCUUGGCUCAAUUGUUUAUUGUUGGAGUGAGAAGAAGGGCACAACCGCACUCCAAUCUUUUGGAUCUGAAACCAUCUCUGCUCUGUCAUACAGCUCCGAUGAUUUUUUAGCUGUAGGGACUCAAAGUUCAAAAGUCUAUUUAUAUGGUCCCGGUUCCGUCGAUCUGCUUGAAUUGUUUGAGCUCAACUCAAGCGCAAGCAUAUGUUCAAUAAAAUGGAUGCCAAAGUCAAAGUACCUAUUGAUUGGCAACGAUAUCGGAGAGGUUACCUUACUUAGACUUAUAAUCAAAGAAGGAACACACAGGGAAGAUAGUCCUGGACAUAUAAACUAUCCAUCUUAUUCCUUGAGAUGUGUGGUCACGUUUAAGUGCGACUUACAACAAGUAUGCGGAAUCGACAUUAAUCCAUCAGGCAAACAAUUAGCAAUCGGAGUUAAUAGUAAUUGCAGCAGCAUUUGGGAUAUUUCGAAUUUGUCUGCUCCUAAAAAGCUGUUUCAUUUAAAGCACGAAGCAGCAGUUAAGGCUGUCGCAUUCUGCCCAUGGAUGCCUAAUUUACUAGCAACUGGAGGUGGGAGCAAGGAUAAAAAUAUCCGAUUUUGGCAUUCAACAUCUGGAACGUUAGUCAGUAAACACCAAAUGAAAGGCCAGAUAACAGCGAUUGUAUGGUCAAGAUCAAAGAGGGAGAUAUUGAUAACUUUUGGUUUUGGGGAAUCUGCAGAGAAAAACAACAUUUUAGCUGUGUAUGAUUACCCAUCAAUGAAAAUGAAAAAAGUGGUCAAUGCUCCACCAGACAUGAGAAUUUUAACUGCCGAUAUUUCCAACGAUUUUACCUCUGUUUGCGCAUCCAUAAGUGAUCAAUCAGUGAGAAUUUACAAUGUUUGGAGUUCAAAGUAUGAUAUUCGGUCAGGAUUUAACCAUGAUUCUUUAUAUGGUAGCGACAUAAUUGACUCUGAGGAAGGAAUCGAUAAAUCAUUGGGUUUAAUUAGGUAG